GUUCGGUGCUUCACUUACACUCCAUCAUCCAUCCGCCUUUCGUCGAUCUCUGUUGACAUCAAACUAGUAAUUAUACACCUGGGCGUCCCAUCCCACGACAUGGUUCACUAAAACCCUUUCUGCAGCCAGCAAGCAAGUCUACGCCUUGAUAAUCAGAAACCUAAGUCAGCAAGUGGAAUUUCAGACAACUAGACAACAACACGAAGCCCAGACAAUAUAAGAGCACAAUGGGCCUCAUCCUCCUGGAUUUCGACGGCACCAUAACGCAGCACGACACGCUCGAUGCCCUCGUCUCGCUGGCCAUCGCGCAUUCCCAGGCCCAUCAUUCCUCCGCCGCUCACCCCAACACAGGUGGCAUUAGCACCAGCACCAACAGCAGAAGCAGCAGCGACGAAAAAACCGCCGUCUGGCGGGACAUAGUCCGCGAAUAUGUGGCCGACCACGAGGCACACGUGGCAGCCUACUCGCCGCCGGCGCACCUCCGCGACACGCUUGCGCAGGAGCUGCUCUUCCUCGAAAGCCUAGGCGCCGUGGACGAGCGGUCCGUGGCCAGGGUGGGCAAGGCCGGGUUGUUUGCGCGGCUGGACGGCGAGCAGCUCGAGGCGCUGGGGCGGGGGGCUGUUUGUCCUUCUCCUUCAUCAUCGUCCUGUUCUUCUUCUGAUGGCGAUGGUGGUGAGAACCGGGGGACGGUCAAGCUACGGAAGGGGUUCGGGCGGUUUGUGGAACGGAUGGGUCACGGUGGGGCGGAAGAAGGAGGGGGAAAGGGGAAGGGGUGGGAUGUUGGCAUUGUGAGCGUCAAUUGGUCCGCAAGGUUUAUCAAGGGCGUUGUGGAAGCCGGGUGCUCUGGAACUCAGACGGGAGCACAACACACUGAUCAAGGGGGGCGGUUCAAGUUGGUGGAGAAGCGGAUUGUCGCAAACGGCAUUCGAUUCCCUGGCGGCGAGGUCGAGGGGCCUGCGGAGUUGGGCGGGGCGCCGUUGCUUACGGCUGGGGAUAAACUACGCGCGAUGAAGUCGUUGAGGCAGGGGAUGGAGGAGGAGAUGGUGGUGUAUUUCGGCGAUUCGACGACCGAUUUGUCGUGUCUGGUCGAGGCAGACUUUGGUGUGGUGAUGGCUGACAACGACGGAGACAGUAAGCUCAUGCGGACGCUGAGGAGGGUAGGGCUUGAGGUCUCCCAUGUGGAUGAGUGUGGCGAUGGCACCGGGAAGAAGUUAGCCUGGGCAAGGGAUUUCGAGGAAGUGUUGAAGAGCGGCGUGAUAGAGAGGAUUGGGGGCACGGAGGCCCAGGGUCUGGCACCAAGGGGAUCAACCUGAUGUCCAUGUGUACCUUCACGGCAAAAAAACCUCUCUUGCAACACUCAAGUCUUACUAUGGUUGAGGACAAGCGACCUCAUACCUUCAGCGCCUAGUACGACCAAACAGACGGAUACGGAAGUCUCGCCUCUGCUGACCCCGUCUCAACAGCGUCCUCCGCUUAUGGGCUGCCUGCGGGUGAUUUUUGUUCGCACAAGCGCUGCGGGCAGCACAGCUGUUCCGGAAAACGGCAGAUCUUUAAGCUAGGCCGCUGCACUAGAAGAUGCCAUGCCACGACCUGGACAAAGGGCUACCCGCCAUAGUCCCAAGAACAAACUAGCCCUUCACAAAGAACCGGAACAUAAACGUUCCCACGCUUAAGGUACCUGGUUGUUUACUUCAACUUCAGUCUCCUUGUCCCUUCCCGAAUAGCAGCACAAUGCUUUUCAGUCCUCAGCAGUCUUG